AUGGCCAGGAAGCCGCCGGCUCGAGGGUUAAGUCCCAAGGCGGUGUCUAGGUGGGCGGCUCAAGGGGGCAACCGCACGCCAGGAGCUAAGUGUUUCAGUUCGGAGAGAAGGUCUGACUUAAAGCAGCCCGAGAGGAAUUCCAGAGGUUCUGGAGCGCCGAAAGUUACGGGUGAAACCGCCUAUGGGCAAGUCGCUGCGGCGGGGCUCAGAGUGGCCAUCGUUUGGGCAUCACACCCCGAAGUGGACAUCACUGAGCCUCAGUUGAGGCGAAUUAUGGUUGCAUUGAAUGCAAUUGUCGACGGGAUAGAGGGGGAGCCCUUUCCUCGGCUGGUAAGAUUCCGAUGGAAUUUGCAGGGUGCUAUUGGAGCCGAACAACAGGACCAAUGGGCCUUGGACUGGUUGGAAAGGACCGUUCUUCUUAAUAGGCCCUGGGAUGGCACGUCCUUAGGGACGAGCCUAUUAGGGUCCUCCUCGCAUUUUGUGUCGGUGAGGCAUCCUAUCAAGCACUCCAGAGGUAAAACUUUCAGACACACGCCUCCCGCAUCACAGUCUCUUCCAGGCUCAGUGGCACAAGCAAUCGGACUCAGACAGUCCAGAGCUUUUUCUUUUUCUGGGUCUUCUAAGCUUCCAAAACUUAAUUGCAGCCAGCAAAAAAAAAAUGGAAAUCAUUUUUCUCUCUUUGUUACAGUUUCGCCGCAGAGACCGCGAAUUGAGUACAACGCGUCCCAAGUUCUGCCGGGACACAACUUGACGGCGCUGCACGGGGAGGUCGCCGCGAUUAAAUGCGUGUCGCAUUAUGGAAAUCCGCCACCUGUGCUUAAAUGGUUUUUAGAUCAGAAUGAAAUAACUCCUUCUAGAAGGCAAACCAAUUCGACCGAAUUAGAUAAUCCGCGAACGUGGAUGGCAAUCUCAGUACUAGAAUUAACGAUAUCUAAGGAGAAUCACGGACGAACCCUUAGGUGCGUGGCCGUUCACGAAUCCUACUCGACGAAGUCCAGCAGCAUUGAAGUGCGGCUCGACGUUAUGUAUGUACCGGAAACGCGUCUGGUGGGAAUACCGACGAACGACAUUGAAGAAUUGAAGGAUUCCGUCGCCGUCCGCUGCAUGGUAAACUCGAACCCGCGAGCGUCGGUGACGUGGCGAAGAGAAGGGCAGAGCGUCGCGGCGAGCUUCCAGGAGCUGCUCCAAUUCAGUCCGGCCGUAAGACAGCACGCCGGUUUGUACACGUGCCACGCCAGGAACCAGGCGGGCGAAUCGCCGCCGUUACGCUUUCAUCUCGAUGUUAAAUAUCCGCCUAAGAUACUCAGCGUCGGACCGGAUAGACUUACGACGGCCCCGCUGUUCACGUCGGCCACCUUUGAGUGCAUCGCCGAGGGAAAUCCACAGCCCACGUACCAGUGGCUGCAGAGAUAUCCGACGCCAUCCGAUUUCAUUUUGGAACGCGGGAGGGAGUCAAAACUGCACGUUCCCAACGUCACCUACGACUAUCAGGGCGAGUACGUGUGUAAAGUUACAAACAUCAUCGGAGGUAUUGAGAGGACGGUGCAGAGUGAAUCUAUUGCGCUUCAGGUCGUCGGUGCGCCGCAAGUUUUGAGGCACUCGAUCAAGCCCGAGAUACGAGUGGAGAAAGGAGAAAGUGCGGACCUGAGGGUGGUGGUUUGCGCCGACCCGAGACCGAGAGUGAUGGCGUGGGAGUGGGGAUCGGUUAGAAUGGAAGCUGGAUCCACUAAAGGAAGAUUUAAGGUCGACGACGUUACCGAGGAGGAGAGGGAGGAUUGCUAUUCCGCGGCUUUACAUAUUUCGGACGCGGAUUCGGUCGAUUCGAGAGCUUAUUAUUUGGCUGUUGAGAACGACAAAGGAAAGGAUAAGCACGCCGUAUUACUUUAUGUGAAUGAGCCGAUGCAGCUAAGCACGUUGGUUACUCUAGCCGGCGGAGCUUUGGCAGCCUUCUUAUUGCUUGUCUGUGCCUGCAUUUAUGCUAUCAAAACGGAAAAGUGCUGCUUUUCACGCAAAGGCGACUUCAAACCGACAGAUUUAGAUAGGUAAGUUGGAAAGAAUCGAUCGCCCGUAAUUACUAGCUGAUACUGCAAUGAUUUACUAAUAAUUAGUUCCUGCAGCUGCCGAUAUUUAUGCCCGUUUAUCAUGCGAGCCACCUUAUCUGAUAGACCAUCCUUUUGCGGAUGUGUGCAGUAUAAUUUGUAUCUUUAUCGUUUCUACUGCAACUAUUAAAACUUUCUUUAUCAACGAAAAAACGACUUUGACGUAAGAAAGGAAAGGGAAAUGCUAUCACAUUGCAGCACGCAAGCACUUCUUUCUUGUUCCGAUCAGGAUUGCGGCCGUUACAAAGUUUCUGUUUUUGAUUACGUACGGGGCACCAUAAUUGUGUUAGUCUAUCUGCCGUAAUUGUCAAGGCACGUUACCUCCGACGAUGUAAGGGAUCCAGGUCCCUGACGAAAAUUUCGAAUGUAUCUCCCAAACGAUAAAAUAUUAAGAUGGUUAUCACACUAAAAGCUUUUAACAAUAAUUUCCCUUCUUUAAAUUCCAUAAAUGGUAAUGUAUAUGGUAAUACGCACGUACUUCCCAAAUUUAUUUGGCCAAUUUUAAAAGUAGCGACAUUAAGAGGGCGAUGGGACGUGGUGUACUGCGAACCGGUUAACUACAAUAUCCGAUUUUACGAUCCAAUCU